UGGUCGCUACGCACGCUUUUCAACACCCUCUUGAUUUCCCGGUGCUCUGAUUUAUCAAUAGGAAUGUCCAUCAAACGAAACUGGACUCUAUGGUAGCAGAGCCCAUCGGUCUCGCAAGGAAGCAGCGGGCAUUAUAAUAAUAAAGGGGUGGGAUCUCUGUGUGAGGGAUUGGUUUACGGCUGUAAAACCGCCUGUUAGUUCGACUAAAAAGAUGUCAAUCUAACCCAAAGAUUUGUCGCGCUCUCUGGCUGUAGUUCUUGCGCGUGCGCUGCAUGCAAAGCCUAAUGGGAAUUGUAGUCUACUCCCAUGUAUUUUAAAUGGCUUACCAAAUAAAAAGGCGAGAAAGGAGAGAGCUACUAACUUCUCCCUCCCUCGGUGGGGGCCUCUUGCACUGACGUCACUGGAGGAAUGCGGAGACGCAGGUUCCUCUGUGACGUCAGUAGCUGGCGGGGCCUUGUUCGAUGACGUCAUAGGCAUGCUUCCCACCACCCAGCGGCCUAGGAGGGAGAGGUGAGUUGGGUUCGAUCCCCGGCCUUUUCCCACAGUCGGGCCGGGAAGGUCACCUGUUUCCGCGCGCCGCCGCUGCUCUGCCUGAAAGACUGGGACGCGGUCACUGCUGCCUCUGAGACGAUAAGCAAAGGCCCAGCAUCAGUGACACAGAGAAAGGGCAGAUGGCUGUGCCCAGAGGAGUCACCAGAGAAGAGGCAGAGACAUUUGAACAUCAGCUGGACUGUGUGAUCUGCCCUCCAGACUCUUCUAAGGUUCCAGUUUGAGAGCACUGGUACAGGUUGUUGGAAGAGUUGGAAACACAACAUAGUUACGAAACACUGCAGCGCUGCUGGGUCCCAGAGCACACGGAGAGCUUUCUACAUCCGUCUGUCAAGCUGAUGGGGCCACGCGGCAUCACCCUGGCCCUGGCAAAGGUUAUCGCCGGCUGGAGAUGGAAAGGUCGGGCUGGUGCGGGGAGAUAACGACUUCCCCCGCUCCCUGGGGCGCAUAAAUGGGCCGCUCGGCGAGGCGCUGCGCCCCUUCAUCCCGCGUCCUCGUGAGCGAUGGCCCGGCGUGCGCUGCUCCUGCUGCUGCUCCUGCUCCUGGUGAUGCGGGUUCCCGGGGCCCAGGCCCGGGCCACCGCCUAUGGGGUGAAGCUGUGCGGACGCGAGUUCAUCCGCGCUGUCAUCUUCACCUGCGGGGGCUCGCGGUGGAGACGCAUGGACUCCUUGGCGCACGAGGCCGCGGCAGAUGCCUUCGAAGAUGUGGACAGCAAUGGAGACAGCCUGGCGGGAGAGCUAGAUGAUGCUGUGGACUCCAGUGAGUGGCUGGCCCUGGCCAAGUCCGCCCAGGCCUUCUAUGGUGGCCGACCCAGCUGGCAAGGCACCCCCGGGGCUCUGCGUGGCAGCCGGGACGUCCUGGCUGGGCUCUCCAGCACCUGCUGCAAGUGGGGCUGCAGCAAGAGUGAGAUCAGUAGCCUCUGUUAGGCCAAGGCUGCCCAGCCGGAGACACUGGCAGUGCUGUCCCAGCAUCGCCACCCUCAGCCUCUGUCCCCAGGCCUGUCUUUCCAACCUGUAUCUUCGUGUAUCUGCAGGACCCAGAGGCAUGGGCAGUGGCUCGGGUCACCACACAACCAGCCCUGACCUCAGACCCCCUGCACUGUGCCUCGAGCCAGCUGCACCCCACUGAGCCCACGGAGACCCUGCCCUCUCCACCUGGCCCUCUCAGACCCCUGCUUCUCCCUGGUCCCCACUGCACCCAAAGUGGGCCCUCUGAGCCCUUGUCCCUAGCCCCAGUGCAAACCAGCUGCCCCUCUUCUCUGGUAGCAGCCCCUCCCCUGUCCUCCUACUGGUGGUGGGUCCCCGUGGUGAGGACGUCAUGGACGGUGCACGAUCCUUUCCUGCCCGGAUAAUAAAAUCUACGAG